CCGUGUCACGUGACACAGGCGCUGGGUCCCUCCCCAUUGGGCGCUGAGACGCUUAUCGGGGAACUCUUGGGGCAGCUGUAGAGCCUGGGAGGUGGUUGCCAGACUCAGGAGAAGCAGUGGAAAUGUUGGCCAAGCCCCUGACACUAUCUGCACCAGGGAAAGCUAUCCUCCAUGGGGAGCAUGCGGUCGUGCAUGGCAAGGCAGCUUUGGCUGUGGCCUUGAACCUGAGAACAUUCCUUCAAAUUAGACCCAGUAAUAAUGGAAAGGUCUUAAUAUGCUUACCUAAUAUUGGAACCAGUUUAAACUGGGAAACCGUCCAGCUCCGGACACUGCUAAGAGCAUUUUCAGAUGGCUUGGAUGAAUCUAAAUCCCCCAGUCCAGAACAAAUGGAUGCACUGAAAGAGUUUGCAGGAAUCACUACUGGACUUUCAACCACUGAGAGCCUUGGUACCCUUGCAUUUCUCUAUCUGUACCUGUCUAUUUCAGCUAAAUAUGGACAGAUACCAAGCGUGGAGAUAGUGGUGUGGUCUGAGCUGCCCACAGGAGCUGGGCUAGGCUCAAGUGCUGCCUAUUCUGUUUGUUUGGCAGCUGCCCUGUUGACUGCAUGUGGAGCCAUUGGCUGCCCAUUGGAGGAGGAGAAGUCCGUAAAUUGGACAGAAGAGCCAUCAAUGGUUAAGAAAUGGGCCUUUCGGGGAGAGCAGGUCAUCCAUGGCAAGCCUUCUGGUGUGGAUAACUCUGUAGCGACUUGGGGUGGAGUGCUCCGAUUUCAAUCAGGAAAAAUCACAUCAUUAAAGAGAGUGCCGACUCUAAGGAUCUUAUUGACCAACACAAAAGUCUCUCGGAGCACCAAGGUCCUUGUGGCAGGUGUCAAAGACAAGAUUCUUAAGUUUCCUGCUAUAAUGAACCCAGUGCUUGCCUCGAUAGACGCAAUUUCUCAGGAGUGUGAAAAUGUUCUGGAAGCAAUGGCUGAGAGUCCAUCACAGGAGUAUUACCCUGUGCUAGAGGAGCUCUUUGAUAUAAACCAGCAUCACUUAAACGUGAUUGGAGUUGGCCAUUGCUCACUGGACAAUGUGUGCCGAGUGACCGCCACACACGGGCUGCACAGUAAGCUGACGGGCGCUGGAGGAGGUGGCUGUGCAAUCACUUUGCUAAGACCAGACACACCCCCAUUGAUGGUGGAAGCAGCCAGACAAGAUCUCAGUGCCUGUGGAUUUGAAUGCUGGGAGACCAGUAUUGGGGCACCUGGAAUAUGUCUUCAUUCGCUGUCAUCUUUGAAAGCAGAAGUUCUGCAUGUCUUUAAUUCAGUUUAAGAUGACAUGGACUCUGACUGUACCCUGCCUUCCUGCCCCUGCAAGUUCAGAGCUGCUUAACUCUUCACAGGAGUGGCCACCCGUGGUGCCGAACGCACUUCAGAGUUCAGCUUACAUUGCCAGUCUGAAAUAUUUUGCUCCCUUUUCCAUGGCUGUGGAAGUGUUGUCGUGAACUGAGACACUGACCCGAGUUCAGACCUGGUGUAACUAACGGGGCAUCUCCACUGAAGACAGUGGAAUUAUUGCUCUCACUUAUCCCAGCUGUGAGUAUGGCCCUGUGUCUCAACCUUGAAGCUGUGUCUUGAAUUUACUUAUAGUAAAUUCUACAAUGUUAACAGUGGGCACAAGAGGGAAGGGUGUGUUAACCCUGGUGUCCUGGCCAAAUUCCGGCUUGAGUAAUUACAUUUUGCCUCCCUUCGAUCCAUAGUAAGGUAUCCUCUUCGCUUCGCCUUCACCUGCCUCUCAAGACCAGUGUGAGGCUGGAGUAGUUAAUGUGCACAGAGUACCGUGAGAGUUUCUGGUGAAAGGCACCACAGAACGCAAAGAAAUACUGCUCCUGUAUUUCUACUAAUGCUGUUAGAGGCACUACUGAGAUUU